AUUGUAGUCGUUGGAAAUCCUGAUAGUGACAUGACAAAUCAAACAGCUUUCUGAAAAACACAGCAACAAGCCGAGUACAAAAACAGGGGUGUGUGUUACGGUUUUUUUUCUGAGAAGUCUCCAUCACAAACAGCAAGCAUGCAUGGAAGAGUGAAGCUGAAAUCCACAGCCCAGCAGGAGGAGGAGAAGAGGAAGGAGCGAGAGAAGAAACUGAAGAUAUACGUGGCCGCACGAGAUGCCUGCUUUUCAAAGAGGAAGGAAGGUAUUUGCGAUGAUGAGGCUCUCCAGCUCACCCAGCAGCUGCUUUCAUCCAAUCCUGACUUUGCAACCCUCUGGAACUACAGAAGAGAGAUCCUGAUGCAUCUGGAGACUGUGAAGGACGAGGAUGAAAUUCAAAAGGUUUACAUUUCCGAGCUGUCAUUUCUGGAGUCUUGCCUGAAGGUGAACCCAAAGUCCUACGGCAGCUGGCACCACCGAGGCUGGGUCUCAGCCCGCUUGCCUCGACCAGACUGGGCCAGGGAACUGAGCCUGUGUGAUCGCUGCCUCAGCCUGGACGACCGCAACUUCCACUGCUGGGAUUACCGCCGGAUGGUUGUGAAGAUGUCUGGUGUGCCCGUAGAUCAGGAGCUGGCCUUCACUGAUCGUCUCAUUGGCUCCAACUUCUCCAACUACUCCAGCUGGCACUAUCGCAGCACCUUGUUGCCGCUGCUGCACCCAGAGUCUCCUGAGCCUCCGUCGCCGUGCCGCGAGCCGCCCCACUCCUCCCUUCCACCCUCUCCACAAACCCACUCUCAUCGCGUCUGUGAGGAGCAGCUCCUCAAAGAAUAUGAGCUUGUACAGAAUGCUUUCUUCACUGACCCCAACGACCAGAGCGCCUGGUUCUACUACCGCUGGUUGCUAGGCAGAGCGGAACGUGAGGAGAUGAUAAGCUGUGUGUAUGUCAGUCGGGAAGAGGAGCGGGUGGCCGUCGCCUUCUCACGGCCUGUUAAUGCGCAGUCCGUCGGCCUGCUGCUGGUGCUCGACGGUCAGCCCCAGAGAGUGGAGUGGACAAGUGUCCACCCGCGCUUCAAACACAGCCCUGUUUGGAUCUGUGCUCUUCCUCCUGGAACAAUAAGCGACAUGACAAAUGAACAUAAUCUGACUGUGCACUGGACUGAGAAACACACACACAGAGACUGCGCUCUGUACACAGGUCGGACCGAGAGCUGGUGUCGGGACUCUGCUACGGAUCAGGAACUUUUCAGGAGUGAACUAUCUGUAGAGAAGACUUCGGUGUUGCAGUCGGAGCUACAAUCAUGCAACCAGCUACAAGAACUGGAGCCGCUCAAUAAGUGGUGCUUACUGACCAUCAUCCUCCUGAUGAGGGCGCUGGACCCUCUGGGAUAUGAAAAAGAGACACUUGCUCAUUUUCAGACGCUGAAGGAGGUGGACUCCAUGCGCUGUGCAUAUUACAGCGACCUGUGCAGCAAGUUUAUGAUUGAAAACACCAUCUUGAAAAUGGAAUACGCUGAAGUGCGCGUCUUCAGCAUUUCUGACAAGAACCUGACCACCUUAUGCCACCUGGAUCAGCUGUUAUUGGUAACCCACAUCAAUCUGUCCUCUAAUCAGCUGCAGCGGCUUCCUCCUCAGUUCGCCAUGUUGCAGUGCCUGGAGGUCCUGGAGGCUGAUAACAACUCUAUAGAAAGCCUGGAAGGAGUGUAUCACCUUCCCAAACUGGAGGAAGUCCUCUUGAAGAAUAACAAAAUCUCUACGGUGGCAGAUCUCCAGCCGCUGGCCUCCUGCCCCAAGCUGAAGCGCCUCGAUCUCCGUGGCAACCCCGUCACUCAGACGGCCAACGUCGAGUCUGAGCUGGCCGAGCUGCUGCCCUCAGUCACAGACCUCCUGCUCUGAUCGGGAAUCACUGCCCCCCCAUCCCCCAACGUCGUCCCCGUCGUUCAGUCGUCCUUCACAUUCUCGGGCGUGUUUGUUUGUCUGUCAAAGAAAAAGGGGGUGUUUUCAGCCGUCUUAUGACUCCAUCUGUUCCACUUCACAUCAUCCUCCCCGAGGGUCUGAGAGCAUCACGCUUCACAGCGUGCAUCAGGAGCGUCUCUAACACCAUCACCGAAAUGUCUAGAUGUAUGUGCGUGUAUGUUUGAGUGAGUGUGUAAUAACCAUUGGUGCAUUUCUUUAAUUGUGUGUGCGUACGGAUGUCCUUAAAGCAACAAACCCAGAUGCAUGCAGAAACACUGACAACAGAGUAAACUGACUGUGUACGGAUUGGCGUGCAGCAAUGCUGGCUUAUUGCUUCUAUGAGCUUUAAAACGGUUGAAUAUACAGAAAAGCUUAUAACUAAUGUUCAUAGCAUCACAUAACUCACUCACAUUUUUUUUAAAGGGUUGUGUAAAGCAUUUAAUAUAUGACACUAUACUGUUGCACAGUAAGUCACAGAUCCAGUAAUAAAACAGCACACAUUGUGUCACUGCCUUCCAAAAAA